AUGAUUGAAAAAAAUCAAUAGCUUUUAUGCAUGAAACAUUCAGAAUAUGCUACGUAGGUUUAGUUAGAUGAGUAAUUGAAAGGUUAAUAAAAAUAUGUAUGUAAUAAAUAUUUAAAUAAGGAUAUACAGUAUUUUAAGUUAACUGCUAUCAAUAAUUGGUAAAAUAGAAAGAAGAAGACAUAAACUAAAUAGUUAAAUUUGCUAAGUUAUUCGAUGAGAUAAUUCAAUCAUUUCCAUACAAUUUUAUAAGAAUACACUAUAAAAAAAGAAAGAUAUGAAUAUAAAUUUUAAUCAAAUCAAAAUGCUGAUUUAAAAGUCUAUAGAAGAAAUGAAAGAUUUAAAGCAAAAAUUAUAUUCAUGUAGUGCAUUAUAGGAAGUAAAUGUUUUAAACUUUAGCGAAGAUUUUUUAAUUGAAAGUGAAAUAAGAUAGAUAAAAGAGAUAGCUGCUAAUAUUCACUACUAUUAUAUCCUAAUAUUAUCAAAUAUAAUUAAAAUUAUAAGAUAAAAUUUCAAAUUUCAACACUAGUUUGAAUAUAACUUCGAUAUUGCAAGGGAUAACGCAUAAAUAAAUUUAAAUAACAAUAAUUAUGUCAAGUUCUAAGAUUUAAUUUUGAUUAUUCUAAAGUAAUUGCUGGUACUUGUAAAUAAUUAAAAGUGCUGUAUCUACAAUACAUAAGAUCAUUCAUAAGUAAAUCAUACUUGAAGGACAUGAUGAAGACAUAUGAUGUAUAGUUUUCAGCAAAAAGUGUGAUUGGCCAGUAUCUAGAGGUGAUGAUUCAUUUUAAUGUGUUCGAACUAGUUAAGAAGCAAUUGGGAGAAGAGUUGGACAAAAUAAGUAAGCUCAGGUUAGAUUACAUAAGUAAUUAUAAAUGAUAAAGAAUACUAAUUAAUUUUCUGUAGCUUUUAAGGAAAAUAGGGAUCUAGAGGAUAAAUUAAGAUAAUAAUUAAGUUUAAGAAUUAUAAAAUCCCCAUAAACAUAAAGAAAAGUAUAUUGUUUUAGUUUAAGUAAAUCACAUGACCUUAUGAUAUCAUGUAGCGAUGAUAAUUAAAUUGUAAUUUGGGGAAAAGCAUUUAAAGAAUCAUCGGAAUUCAAAUAGUUUAUCAUCACAUAAAGAAAAAGGAUCUAAAGUGUGUUUUUUUUAAUUUAAUAAUACAAUAAUUACUUGAGCUUCUUAAGAAUAAAUAGAAAGAUAUAUCAAUAACAACAAUGA